AUGACAGACCUGCCCCAAAUCCUCCACCAAAUCCGCACCCAGCAGAUCCAACGCAUCGUCGUCCUCGUGGGCGCGGGCAUCUCCACCGCAGCGGGGAUCCCGGACUUCCGCACUCCCGGGUCGGGUCUCUACGACCAGCUGCAACCCCUCCGCCACCUCCUCCCCUACCCGGAGGCCCUCUUCAGCCUCAGUUACUUCAAGCACACGCCGGAGCCCUUCUACGCGAUCGCGCGGGCCCGCCACCCGCGCACCUUGCGCCCAACCCGCACGCACGCCUUUCUGCUGUUACUGAGUCGCAAGAACCUGCUCCAUUUCCUGUUCACGCAGUCGACGCGGUGCUGGAAGUGUGGGACGGCGUGUCCAGAUUCGAAAAUGCGGGAGGCGGUUCGGAUGGGCGCGGUGCCGUAUUGCUCGGUGGCUGAGUGUGAGGGGGGCGUGGUGAAGCCCGAUGUCGUCUUCUUUGGCGAGGAGAUCCCCCCCGAGUAUGCGGAGCGGGAGGCGGUGGUGCGCGAGGCGGAGCUUAUGUUGGUGCUGGGGACGAGUUUGAAGGUCGCGCCGUGUUCGCAAUUACCCCGGUUGGUGCGGGAGGGGGUGCCCCGGGUUUUGGUGAAUCGGGAGGCGGCGGGGGAUCUGGGGAAGAGGCCCGGGGAUGUGUGUGUGCUGGGAGACUGUGACGAUGGGGUGUGCGAGUUGGCGGAGGCGUUGGGGUGGAGGGGGGAGUUGGAGGAGGUGUGGAGGGAUGCAGUUAGAAGGGUGGAGGUGCAGUUGGAGCAGGAGAAUUGGGGGGAGGAGUUGAGUUUGGAGGUGCUCGUGGAGCAAUAUGCGAGGUCGGUGGCGGAUGCGAGGUUGGUGUUGGAGAGUCAUCUGGGGAAGAAGUUGGCGAGUAUUCGGGGCAGGGAUUAGGCUUGGCUUGACUGUACAGUAUACCAGUAUACACCUGGUGUAGAGUCACAUUAUGCUAGCACUAUGACGGUCGUUAUUACUUAGCCUCCUUAGGUAUUCAGUCCGGCCUUUGAGUGGGUGACAUAUCGCAUUCCGCGACGCUGUGUGCUAGAUAUAGGCAUUGAGUCACAAAUGAGUCCAGAUGGCCGGUGUUGAUGACCAUGACUUGUAGAUUGGUUAGGGGUUAACGGGAGAGUUAUAAGUCUAGCCUUAUAUGAGCAAGAUACAUCAUUCUGCAACGCUAUGUGCUUAAGAUAUAAAGCAUUGAGUCACA